AUCUUGGAGCCAUCCCACCAGCAACUUUUACCUUUUAUAAGGGGCAGAUAAGGGGUCCGAUGUCUAGUGGACAAUCCACGGACACAGGACUGGCUUGAGCCACGUAAGAGCUGCACCCUGUCUUGGGUGGGGUGGUGGGGACACCCACCCAGUGUGGGACACCCCUGGAACACAGCCCAGAGCUACCUGCCAUUACCCAGGCACGGUGGGCUGUUCACCGCCCCUGCACGGUUCUGCCCUGCCCCUGAGAGCCUGUGCCCGAGGGACGGGGUGCUGCUGUGUGCGUCCUGUCACCGGACAAAUCCCAGCAGGCAGAGCCUGGGAAUCCACGCCAGCGUCUCCUUGUCCUGCUGGGGACCGGAGCCCCCCGAUGUCUGUUCCCCACUGUACCAGCUCCACGGGCAGGCUGGGGUCCCCAGCGAGAGCGCCGAGGUGACUCUUCUCCUCCCUGAAGUGACAUGGAGCAGCUGAAGUGACCUGAGGAGCCGUCGCAGUGAGUGGAGCCGCCGUGGAGCACCCACGGGUGCCAGGGGGACGUGGGGUCCCCUGGGCGGCGCAGCCCUCUUUGCAGCGGUGCCUCUGGCGGUGCCCAUGGGGACCCCAGUGCCCCCCUGGUGUCCAGUACGCCAAGCUGGGGGGUGGCAGAGCCCCCCGGGGCCGGCGGGGUGCACCCAGCGCCCGCAGCCAUGGGUGCGCACCCCGCGCCCUGCCGGGCUCACGGACCCUCUGUCCCACAGGCGGUGCCCGGGAUGGGCUGUGUGCCCUGCAAAGAGAAGGGGGCUGGCAAAGGGCAGGCAGGGGGAGAGGGAGGCUCCCUCCAGCCCCCUGCCUCCCAGUACGACCCCGACCCCACGCAGCCAGGGGCCGCCUUCACCCGCAUCCCCGACUUCAACAACUUCCAGGGGCCAGCGGUGCCCCUGGCCCCGUCCUUUGCGGAGCCGGGGGGCUUCACCUCCAGCGUGCUGCAAACGCGGAGCGGGGGCAUCACAGGCGGGGGGGUGACGCUCUUCAUCGCCCUGUACGACUAUGAGGCCAGGACGGAGGAUGACUUGUCAUUCCAGAAAGGGGAGAAAUUCCACAUCAUCAACAACACGGAGGGGGACUGGUGGGAGGCCAGGUCACUGAGCUCGGGUGCCACGGGCUACAUCCCCAGCAACUACGUGGCCCCUGUGGACUCCAUCCAGGCAGAAGAGUGGUACUUUGGGAAGAUCGGGCGCAAGGACGCAGAGCGGCAGCUCCUGUGCCACACCAACUGCAGAGGCACCUUCCUCAUUCGGGAGAGUGAGACAACCAAAGGUGCCUACUCCCUCUCCAUCCGGGACUGGGAUGAGGCCAAGGGAGACCACGUGAAGCACUAUAAGAUCCGGAAACUGGAUAGCGGGGGGUACUACAUCACCACCCGUGCCCAGUUCAGCACCGUCCAGCAGCUGGUCCAGCACUACAUAGAGCGGGCAGCCGGGCUGUGCUGCCGCCUGGCCGUGCCGUGCCACAAGGGAACCCCCAAACUGGCCGACCUCUCAGUCAAAACCAAAGAUGUGUGGGAGAUCCCCCGUGAAUCCCUCCAGCUCCUCAAGAAGCUGGGAAAUGGGCAGUUCGGGGAAGUCUGGAUGGGCACAUGGAAUGGCACCACGAAGGUGGCGGUGAAGACGCUGAAGCCAGGGACCAUGUCCCCUGAGGCUUUCCUGGAGGAGGCUCAGAUCAUGAAGCGCUUGCGGCACGACAAGCUGGUGCAGCUCUACGCCGUGGUGUCGGAGGAGCCCAUCUACAUUGUCACCGAGUUCAUGAGCCAGGGGAGCUUGUUGGAUUUCCUGAAGGAUGGGGACGGUUGCUACCUGAAGCUGCCCCAGCUGGUGGACAUGGCUGCCCAGAUUGCGGCGGGCAUGGCGUACAUUGAGCGGAUGAACUACAUCCACCGGGAUCUCCGUGCUGCCAACAUCCUGGUGGGGGACAACCUCGUGUGCAAGAUCGCUGACUUCGGCCUCGCUCGCCUCAUCGAGGACGAUGAGUACACGGCGCGGCAGGGUGCCAAGUUCCCCAUCAAGUGGACGGCUCCGGAGGCUGCGCUUUUUGGGAGGUUCACCAUCAAGUCUGACGUCUGGUCCUUUGGCAUCCUCCUGACUGAGCUGGUGACCAAAGGCCGGGUGCCCUACCCAGGGAUGAACAACCGAGAGGUGCUGGAGCAGGUGGAGCGGGGGUACCGCAUGCAGUGCCCGGGGAGCUGCCCCCCGUCCCUGCAUGAGGUGAUGGUGCAAUGCUGGAAGAGGGACCCUGAGGAACGCCCCACCUUUGAGUACCUCCAGUCCUUCCUCGAGGAUUAUUUCACUGCCACCGAGCCCCAGUACCAGCCUGGGGACAACCAGUGACCAGUGCUGGCACCCUCAGGAA